AUGUUGCUCUCUGCUUCUGUGAAUUCCAUUUCGUCCAUUCCUUCACCAGUGUACCAAUGCAAGAAAGCCUUUCUCCUGAACAUAGCAGUGAACUGCUCUCUCACUCUUCUGAACAUUUCCUGGAUGGAGGUUGAGUUCCCAAUGAAGGUAGAUGCCAUGGAGAGCCCCUUGGGUGGGAUGUCACAAACACUAGACUUCACGUUGUUUGGAAUCCAUUCCACAAAGUAGGAAGAGUUCUUGUUUUGUACGUUGAUCAUCUGCUCGUCAACUUCCUUAGUGCUCAUUUUACCCCUGAACAUGGCAGAAGCAGUGAGGUAG